ACGGAAACACUGCAAGUGUCUACUCCAAGACCUAGGACUUCCGUUUCGGUCCAGCAGGGCUGCGGCCAUUGUUUGUGUGGACUGAGUGUUUUGGCCAUAACGGUCCACUCUCACAGGCUCCGUUAAGUGACGUGAACUCUUGGGAGGACUGAGCCAGAAGCGAACAGGGCAAGACGAGCUGUGUUUGAAGGAAGAGGGGCAGAAAAUCGAGGGUCAGGGACUGAGAAGCGACUCCGGUUUAGAAACACCGGAGACACCGGUGUAGGAACCUACCUGUGAUCAGCAAGGAAGGACUGGGUUGGCAAAGGCUCAUGCCCCCAUUUUACAGCUCAGCCAUCUCAGCACUACCCUUCCCGAGAAGAGGGACACAAAGGAGGAAGGAAUGUACACUGUUUUCCUCAUAGUCUGAUCCCAGAAAGCCUGAUCUUUGACCAGAUGGCAGUAACAUUUGAAGAUGUCACUAUUGUUUUUACUUGGGAGGAGUGGAAAUUCCUGGAUUCUUCUCAAAAAAGGCUCUACAGGGAGGUCAUGUGGGAGAACUACACAAAUGUCAUGUCAGUAGAAAACUGGAAUAAGAGCUACAAAUCCCAAGAAGAAAAAUUCAGAUACUUAGAAUAUGAAAAUUUUUCCUGCUGGCAAGGCUGGUGGAAUGCUGGUGCUCAGAUGUGUGCGAAUCAGAACUAUGGGGAAACUGUUCAAGGGAAAGAUUCCAAAGACUUAACACAGCAAGAUCGCUCCCAGUGUCAGAAAUGGUUAAUACUUUCCACACAAGUACCAGGGUGUGGGAACUAUGAACUGACUUUUGAAAGCAAAAAUCGCAGGAACUUAAAAUAUAAAAAUUUUAUACCUUGGCAGUCCUUAGAAACAAAAACCACCCAAGACUAUGGUAGAGAAAUCUACAUGAGUGGUUCACAUGGUUUUCAAGGGGGCAGAUACCAUCUUGGCAUAUCCAGGAAAAACCUCUCCAUGGAAAAAGAACAGAAGCUCAUAGUUCAGCGUUCUUAUAUCCCAGUGGAGGAAGCCCUUCCACAGUAUGUUGGGGUGAUAUGUCAGAAAGACCUACUGAAAGAUUCAAUGGAAGAAAACUACUGUGGAUGUAAUAAGUGUAAAGAAAUUUAUUGUUGGAACUCACGGUGUAUUUUCCACAAGAGAAAUCAACCUGGAGAAAACCUCUGUCAAUGUUCUAUCCAUAAAGCAUGCUUCUCUCAGAGAUCAGCCUUGUGUAGACAUCCAAGAAUCCACAUAGGUAAGAAGCUGUAUGGAUGUGAUAAAGUUGACAGUAACUUUCAUCAGAGCUCAGGAGUUCACUUUCAUCAGAGAGUUCACAUAGGGGAGGUACCUUACAGCUGUAAUGCAUGUGGUAAGAGCUUCAGCCGAAUCUCUAGUCUUCACAAUCAUCAAAGAGUUCACACAGAAGAGAAAUUCUAUAAAAUUGAGUGUGAUAAAGACCUCAGUAGGAAUUCAUUACUUCACAUUCACCAGAGACUUCACAUAGGAGAGAAGCCUUUUAAGUGCAAUCAGUGUGGUAAGAGUUUUAAUCGGAGUUCAGUACUUCAUGUUCAUCAGAGAGUCCACACAGGAGAAAAACCAUAUAAGUGUAAUGAGUGUGGUAAGGGCUUCAGCCAGAGCUCAAAUCUUCGAAUUCAUCAGUUAGUACACACAGGAGAGAAGUCUUAUAAAUGUGAAGACUGUGGUAAGGGCUUUACCCAACGCUCAAAUCUUCAAAUUCAUCAGAGAGUGCAUACAGGAGAGAAACCUUAUAAAUGUGAUGACUGUGGGAAGGACUUUAGUCACAGCUCAGAUCUUCGCAUUCAUCAGAGAGUCCAUACAGGGGAGAAACCCUAUACUUGUCCUGAAUGUGGGAAGAGCUUCAGUAAGAGUUCAAAGCUUCACACUCAUCAAAGAGUACAUACUGGAGAGAAACCCUACAAAUGUGAAGAGUGUGGCAAGGGAUUCAGUCAGCGUUCACAUCUUCUCAUUCAUCAGAGAGUCCAUACAGGAGAAAAGCCCUAUAAAUGUGAUGAUUGUGGAAAGGGUUUUAGUCACAGUUCUAAUCUUCACAUUCAUCAGAGGGUCCAUACAGGAGAGAAACCUUAUCAAUGUGCUAAGUGUGGUAAAGGUUUCAGUCAUAGCUCAGCUCUUCGAAUUCAUCAAAGAGUCCACGCAGGAGAGAAACCUUAUAAAUGCCAUGAAUAUUAUAAGGGAUUUGAUCAUAAUUCACAUCUUCACAAUAAUCAUAGAAGAGGAAACUUAUAAAUAUUGUUCAUUUAGUUAACAGCUUCAAUCAAAGUUUACCUAACCUUUAAACCCUAAAAUGCUGCUGAUAAGGAAAUCUUAUAAAUAACACAAGUAAUCCCAAGCAACAUUUACAGUUUCCCCAUCUCCCACUAAGAAUUAUUUGCUUCAAAAGGAGAUCUUUAGAAAAAUCCCUAUAUAUUUAAAAUUAUUGUGUAUUUUUCUUUACCUACUAUAAAUAUAAUACAGUCAUAAAAUAUAUUAAACAUUUAAGGAGAAAACUCUUCAUUCUAUUUCAUUCUAGUCUUUUUUUCUGUGCAUUUUAGUGUGCGUGAAAUUAUAUUGUGUGUUCAACUUUGUAUUUUCACUGACUUCAAAACACUUAAAUUUUGGUUUGAAUUGAAACUGGCUGGCCAUCUGUUAAACAACAUCUCUUAUCUCCCCUAAAAAGUCCCUAGGAAGUAACAGAAAAGAUGGAAACACGCAGAACUUAAAACUCAGUUUUGGCCAGUAGAAUUCAGUUGUUUAUGGACACAAGCCACCUAAUAAAAGAUAGGAAAGCAUUGUAUGACCUUGUGUCUGAGACAGUGUUCUCUGAGUUGUUAUCUCUGUCAACCAGAAAACCCAGGGACUGUCCUUCUGUUGCAGGGGUGUUUCACUUUGAGGUAACCACAGUGCACUCUUAUCCCUUCCGUUUCCUGGUUUUCCACGCUUAAUAAUAGGUUCAGAUACCAAAUAACAAGAAGUACAGAAUUUUCUCUAAGUAAGGUGUGAAGGGUAUGGACAAAAGUGCUAGAAAUGGAAGAUACUCUAUUGGUUCGGAAUUGGAGAUCCAAGCAGUAGAAUUUUAUUUAAUCUCAGUAGAACGGAGUGGUAAUAGAGAAAUAUCUGCAAGGACAGCAUUGAACUCAGAACUCUGUGCAACGAUGAACCCUGAAGCUAAUUAUGUAAGAAGAGGGUUUGGCCAUUAUGUCAGAAUAGUUAAAGUUAAUAGGAAUACACAGUCCUAAUUAUUGAUAUACAAAUAAGUAAUACCAAGAGAAAAAAAAAGUGGGCAUGUUUAGGAAAAUUGGAAUUGCAAUACUGAAGAAAAGAAUAUCAUCCUAAAGACUUGGAAAUGUAUUGCCCUGAAAAUUAGCUGCUGCAGGCUUCAGAGGAAAUUUCCAAAAAUGUUGGUGUCCCUCAGUGGCAUAACAGAGAACCUGAACUCAAUAAAACUAGAGUAGAAAAACACAAGUAGAGAAGAGUCUCUAAAGUAAAAAGAGAAAUAGGUACAACAAAGAAGGACUUCACGGAGCUCUGAAAUGCUGUAUCAAAAUAAAUGCAAUAAAAAGUAAAAUUA